AUGAACCCUCAUGGUUUUUUUAAAGACCAUCAUCGGCAUUAUGAUGAGGAAGAUUCGUCCCCAGGUCACUACUAUCAAACCUCCAGUGUAGAGGACGAUAUGGAAGAAGACUCCAUGAAUCAAAUACUCACGGAUGAAUAUAGGGAUCAUCGUUCAAAACGAUAUAAAAAACCAUUUUCAUCCCCGAAUGAACCAUCCAUUCAUACUUCUAAUAUUCAUAUCAAUCAUCAUGUAAAUAGUGAAACAGAUUUUUUGGAAGAUGAAAAUUCUCUGCGGCACCAACAAAAAGAAGGUGCUCUCAAAUCUCCACUGUUGAAAGGACGAAAAUUUAAAGCAUCACUUCCAUCUAAAAUCAAGUAUUUCAACAAGGGAUUUGUAAAUGUUGUGAUAUUAGGAUUUUCCUUUUUGAUUUUAUUUUCUGCAUUUAAUAUCAUAUUAUUUUAUUUCUCGGAAAUUAGAAAACGAAUUACAACGGCUUCGGUCGUUCUCUAUGCUUCUCUAAGUGGUUCCUCAUUAAUCACGCCGAGUAUACUGAAAUUGAUUGGAUUAAGAUCAAGCAUUAUUGUUGGAGCUUUAUUAUAUUCAUUAUUUGUGCUUAGUUUGUGUUUUGAUUUGGCUCCCAUUACUUAUACAUGUUCAUGCAUUUCUGGUUUAGGAGCAAGUUUAUUGUGGAUCAGUCACGGUGAAAUACUGACUCGAUCUGCAAAUUAUUAUCAAAGAAUUGCCACCAAAGAACGAAAUAAGAUGGAACUCGAUUAUGUGAAUUCAAUCUAUAUGAGCAUGGGAGACAAGCCAAUAAGAUUUUCUUCACAUCAUGCAGAUGGUGUGAUGGGACUAUUCAGUGGAGUAUUCUUUGGUAUUUAUGCUCUCAAUUCGGUGUUUGGAAACUUAAUCUCGACCUCUCUUGUCAACUCUGACAUCGAUUACUUUUGGUUAUUUUUAAUACUAUUUAUUGUGUCACUUAUCGGCUCUUUACUUUUGCUUCCUCUAAGGAAUAUUUCAUUUCACGAAACAAUUAGUAAUGUGCAAUGGAAACAACAACCUAGAAAGGUCAAAAACUCAAGCAAUUUACGAAAUAAUGACAGUUCGUUUAGAAAUUUAGAAACUGGAAGAACCAGCUAUCCCAAAAGUGUCAUCAUGAAAUCAAAUUCUUCUCAAAGUAUAACAAACGACAGUGCCACCAUUAAUAACGAUACAGAUGACGAAGAUAGUUCUAAUCUCCCAUCCAUGUUUGAUGAAAAUGAGAGUGUUUGUACCAUUGAAUAUGAACUUCCAAAACCUCCUUCUAGAAGAGACAAGAUUAUUUCCAUUGUUAGGGAUAUUUGCGAAAACAUUAAGAGUAGUUUUUUAGUAUUGUUUUCUGUGAAAAUAGUAUUAUUUGGCUUUAUAUUUUGCUACUCUGGAUAUUCGAUUGCCUUCUUUUAUAGGUCUCUACCCAAAGUGAUGCAAAAACAUUCUCACACAUUUCUGGUCCCUUGGGCGAUUGCUUGUUUCGGAAUUACAGAGAUGGUUGGAUCUUUAAUAUUUGGAAGAUUGUGUGACAAGAUUGGAAAAAGGCCAAUCAUGAUUUUAACGCUGUGCUUACAUGUCCUUGCCAUUGCUGCCUCCUUUGCCACAGUAUAUUGGCCACCAAGUUAUUACAAUUAUUUUAUCCCUCUACUUGUGUGUGGAUGUGCAGAUUCUGGUCUCAACGUCGUAAUUUAUUCAGUAGUUGGAGGAACAGCAAGCUAUUUCAAACAUGAGAAAACCAUUGAGGCAUUUGCUUCCUUUCGUUUGAUACAAAGUAUGGCCAUUUGUGUUGGAAUCGUUUUUGGAGAACGAUUUUCAGUGCAAACCAUCCAACUCACCCUUUCAGGAUUAUUAUGCCUGUGCAUUCUAUUCUAUAUCAUUUUAGAUUUUUGUUUUUAUCCAUUUGAUUCUAAAAAAAGCAAAUUUAAAAAGAAGGAAUCUGUGGAGAGUCGAAUGAGAGAACAACCUUAUUUCUAA